AUGAAAGCAAAUUAAAAGAAAUAAGUGUAGUUUGUCUAAGGAACUUUAAAAACUAUUGAUAAUCCAUCAUCUAUAAAGUCAAGCCAUAUAGAAUAGAAUUUAAUAAACGAAAAAGAAUUCGAAAGGAAUUCAAACUUUUCUGAUUCUGAAUUUAUAUCAGCAUGUAGAGAACUAUUAGUUUGUAAAAAAUGUGCCAACGAUCUUAUAAGUUAAUAAAAAGAGUUAUAUCAAACUUUUUUGAGUAGGCAUGAUAAAUUCUUAUUUUUAUAAAGUGAUUUAAAGCAAUAUAGAAUCUAAUGUGAAAUUCAUCCUUCAAACAAUUUUGGAUAAAAAAAAAGUGAUUUAUUUAGUAAUUACAAACAAAAGCAUUCCCUUAAUUUGCUUGGUCAAAAUAAAUUAAGUUUAAUGGAUUUUCCAAAGUUUUUAUACAAAGGAGAAUUCGAAAUUAUAAUACGUGCUGAUGUUUUUAAGGCUCAAGUAAAUUACUUUCUUAAAUAAAUGCAAGUAAAUGAGAACAUUAAUAAUGAAAAAGAUAUUAUUAUGCACAUAAAUGAUAUUGUGGAUCCUGAGGACAACAUCAAAUUCAAUGAAUUUAUUCGAUAAAGAGAUAAUUAAAUAAUAAUUAAUUAUGAUGUAUUUUCUUAUUUGAGUAUGCAUAGUAUAUUCUCUUCGAUAAAAUUUUAAAAUUUGGUACAACAGUAUUAGAAAUUUAAAUUUAAGAGAAUUUUAAAUUGAAAUUAUUAAGAGCAAUUAGUUCUUUGAUUUUAGAGCAAAUUUUUAAUGGUAGGGAUCAAUUUAUAUAGAAGUAUCAAUUAAAAAUAAAUUUUAUAAGAAUUGUAAAAUUAAUCCAAAAUAUUAUAGCUUAAAUAAUUAAUCAUAUAGAAAAUUUAGAGUAGAAUUCAGCAAAUAGAAUUUGAGAAAUAACAACAAAUGCUUAUUGCAUAUAUAGAGCAAGAAGAAAAAUAAAUUGAAGCAAAAAAGGAGAAAUAAAGAAAAAAGAGAUAAUAGCGAAAGUUAAAAAAGAAAGUUAAUUAAUAAUUAGAAUAGUUAGAAGAGGACGAGGAUGAUGAUGAAGAAACAAGAAAUUUUUGUUGCGAAGUAAAUGCCAAAACUUAAAAAGGAGAAUCUUAACACACAGACAAAGAAAUAUUAACAGAAUUGUUGAUUCUCAAAAGAAAUAUGAAUGAAAUCAAUCAAAAAAGAAAACAGCUAAGGGAAACUAUUCGAAAAGAGUGGGAAAACUAUUAAAAAUAGUUUAAAGCAUUAAAACAAUGAAAUAUUUAAUUUUUAUUUCGUUUAUUCAUUCGUUAU